UGCAAGUUUGUACCCUCCCUUAUUAAUUGACCAAUCAGAAUGCACUACUUCAUUCAGUGCUUCAAAAACAUGGGAUCAAGAUGGCUGACGUGAACUCUGUUGUGGAGGAAAACGUGAAGUUUAGAGAUGGGAAAAAGUGGAAGGCCCGAUGGUGUGUACUGAAGAAACCCUCUCCGGUGGCAGAUCGUAUGCAGGUAUUGCUGUUCAAAUGUGUGAAGGAUGCUUUAAAGGGAGAGAAUGCCAAGCAUGACUUCUACCUGGAGGACUUCUAUGGCCUGGAGACCGGCUUCAGCCAGGACAAGGAGAACAAUGUCCUCGCUAUCGUCUGUCAGAAACAAAUCACAACCUUCGCAUUUGAGAACAGAGAGACACUCAUCAAAUUUGAGGUCAAAAUCAGAACAGCCAUUGGAGAAGAGAACCAGUUCCCAUUACAUGUACACCUCAAAAGAGUGCCUCCCCAGAGCAAGUUGCCAUUGGAGAAGAUGCGGAUGCACAUCCACGGACCUAAGUUCUGUCUCACUCAGCACAGUCCUCCAAAAAUGUUGGCCUCCUGGGUCAUCUCAGAUCUUCGCAAGUUUGGGAAACUUGAGGGAAAGUUUGUGUUUGAGGGUGGAUCUAGAUGUGGAAAAGGAGCUGGGGUACACGUUCUACAGAGUGACCAGGUAGAUGACUUAGAAGAGAUUUUCCAAUUAGCCAGCCAGGGCAAAACAGUCAGUGGUCGAAAAUCAAACAAACGCAGGUCUCAGAACUGUGACUAUCUGGACCCUGUGACCAAGUCUUUGAGCGGGAAUCUAUACAAGAACAGUGUACCCUCCUCGCCGAACUCCUACGACAGCAGAGGCUGGCGACACUCCUUCAGCACAUCAAAUUCUGGCUGGACCAACAACUCCAAUUUUGGCUACGCUGCCAACUAUAACUUUAAUAGCCAGCUGAGGAGUAUAGAAAACCUAGAGCGGGAGAAACUAAUGGCCCUGUAUGACGUGCCACCCAGACAUAUACGCAAGGUAGAGAACCCUAAAUCACCCAAACACGAGCACGAGGACUCAUUACAGCAUUCUCCUCACAUGUGUGAUGAUGGACAUAACCUGGAUCACUCGUCCUCCAGUCUGAGUCUGGCCAGCUGUGAGUCGUCCCCGACUUACCUGGGGUGUAAGGCCAGCGUGUCUGCCAGUGCUCCUGCUCUCUGUGGUUAUGGAGCCUACUCUCCAUUCAAUGACAAAUACAAGAGUAUCAGCUGUUCAGUUCCAAACCACAUUGACGAGUUAGAGGAACUGGACCGUGAGGAAGCACUGGAGUGUCUCCAGAGGGAAGAGAGGGGCCUACAACAGGAAAUCUCGUUACUCGACGAAAUGCUACAGGGUUGUCAGUAUGAUGAUCCCAGGAGAGGAAGGAACAGGAGGGACAGAAAUAAACCACCGCCUGUUCCUGGAAAGAUCUACAAGUCUUCCCGACGACCAGAAAAUGUACCUACCACAUUUAAUCAUGGUGCAUUUUAUCAAGGGCCCACUUUACUCAGUCCAAAUCUUGUUUCAAAACUUAAGAGGAUACCAUCAAAUUCAAAACUGUCAGCUCCUCUCCCUUAUGUGAACUUGGAGAAGUACGAUAUUGGCGAUGUUGACAAUAGUCAUGUUCAUGUUUCCUCAUCAUGUGCUGACAGUGGUACAUGGAGUGCUCCUUGUGUUCCUUCCGGGAAAAAACAUUGCACAAGACGAUCAGGUCCAAAUAAAGAAAACUUUAAGAGUUCUCCAAGGCAACUUAGAAAUAAUGUUCACUGCCUUAGAGGUAAGAGUUCUUCAGAAUCUGAACUGUCAUGUAGAUCUGUCUCAAGUGGAACUAAGGAGGAAAAUAUCUAUGCAAAUGAUUUCCCAAGAAGGGAGCCAUCUCCACCCCCACCUGCACUGCCACCAAAAGGACCAGGGCUUCUCAAAAAUGGUCAAAGUCGUAUUGAAAAAGACCAAGCCCCACCAGUUCCUCCACACCGACCUCGUAAACUGCCUCAAGGGAUGACCGACCCAGCAUCCCUGUACAAGUAUCCUAAGAAAAAUGGACAACAAAGCAAAUGUGAAGUGACCACAGAGCCUUCAGAUUCGUACCUUCUGAUGGGUGGGUUUGAGAAAGAGGAGAAACAGCCUACACAGGAUAGAGACCUUGAAACUGGUUUUGGCCGGGAAGUAGUUCAGCUUCCAACAAGGAAGGUUGUCAACAAAUCUGACAGACAGCAGCAGAACACAGUCUCACAACAAGGGGCUUAUAUGGAAAUGGGAUCCCUGUUUGAAAAUGAGAAUGAAUUCAAGGCAAGACAGGGUGGGUCGGCAAGUACUGAUGUGAGGCCUCAGUACAGCCGGUCGUAUAGUGCUUCAGAUGUACUGGAUAAUGACCAACAAAAUUCUACAAAUUUAAACCAGUCCUUUAAUACAUCCUCCAACACAUCUCUCAUCAGGGAGGAAAAUUAUCUCUUGAUGACUAACUUCAAAACUCAAAAGAGAAGUGAUUCUGUUGAAUUGGCACAACGUCGACCUCAUCAGUCCAUUGAUUUAACAGCUGAUGGGAGCACGCUAAAUCUAACAAAGAACAUUGCUGAUACAUCAUUCAGCAGUGACACCUCAGAUAUCGAUAAUACAGCAAUACCUUUCCCUAAUCUGAUGAACUUUCAACAACACACAGUCACAACUACCAGUACCAAGCCGUCUAGGAAUUCCACCUGUGGGCCUCCCAACAAUACCACCAGUAGUGUUCAGACAGACAAAGUAAAUGAAGGGUCAAGUCGGAACCCUGGCUUCCUCACUCGUCUCAUCAGGAGAAACUCCGGCAACAGGAAAAGUAUGUCUCAGAGCCAGGAAAAUCUCCUGGCCUCCAGUUCCAGUGAAAGCUGCCUGGAGCGCACUGCGUACCAGUCAUCGAAAGAGCCGGUACAAUUGCGCCGGGUUCUGUCACAGUCCAGUGACUCUUCCUCAUCAUCCUGUGGCCAUCACCACAGUCCCACACUGCCACUCAGCGACCAUCGCAGGUCAUCAAGCUUUCCUAAUCGUGCAAGUUUCUUGGAACAAAAGCCUGCUAAUAAUGACAAAGUGCGAGGACUCCAUCAGGGAAUGCAAGGCAAUUAUUUUUCUGCUUUAUCACUUGACGAUGAAAUGCAACUUCUCGAGUGUGAUAAUGAGUUUACUGGAUCAGACUCCAGUUCACUGAAUGACAUUAGCAAGGGUGGCCGGUCUCAAUCUGGUUACAGGGGUCCAUGUGAAAGCACAGGAAGUGAAAACGGGGAUGAUGAUUGUGAAAGUUUGUCAGAUAAACAAGCCCAGAAACUGCUACUCUACUCCAGGCACAAAAAGUAUAAGCCACAUGACUCCAUGGUUUUUACAGCACUACAGUCAGAUCCUCUUAAAAUAUUAGAGUCUACUGGGUCAGAGAGUAGCAAUAGCAGUAAAACUGAUGAUGAAAAAUUAAUAGAACUCUUUAAACAUGGAUCAAAAACGUCAUCAUUUGACGAUCAGCAUUUGUACAAAGUGAAAAGUCGAUGUACAAGUGAGUACAAAAAAAGGCGAAGUUUACCAACUGAUGGAAGCAAAGCUCUGUCCCCAAAGGAGGAAGCUUUGGCUAUUGUAAAACAUGUGUCGUCUCUGCCACCUUUUGUCCCUCCUAAGUUAAAACAUUACCCCUGUCCCCUGUCUCCUGUACCAGAAAGUGUUCCCAUGGUGUGUAAUAGCGAGAACCCUCUCCCCAGUCAUGGGUCUGUAUUGACUAGUGCAUCUGACACACCGAAGCGAAGCAGUGUGGAUCCAGUGUUUCAAAAGGAGCUAGCUAGAGCUACACUAAGGAUACAACCUCCACCCCCUCUUAUUGAAGAGGAUGAAAAUGUAUGGGUCCAGAGGGACUCCACCAACUCACAAGAAGUGAAGCCUGAGUCUGCCGCGGUGGAGGAUAAAUUCCUGGCCCUAGUUGUGGAGGUGGAAGAGGAGUGUGAUCAGGAUGACACGAUAUCCAUGUCAUCACUCGACAGCAGUCUACCCAGCUGUGAUGAAGGUGGCAUCCGUACUAGUCCAGCCUCAACUCUGCUACGACCUCGUUCAGGGAAGGAGUACAAAAUGGUAGAGCGUCGUCGUCCACUUAAUGACAGUCUAAGCUCAAGUCCUGCCCAGACGCCUCAGUCUCCAUCAGGGGACACUGUGUUCACAUUUGAGUCAUGUUCACAGUCUCAGACAAGUGUUUAUAGCCGGGAACGAGAGUCCCCGAAUGUACCAAAAUUUACUCGCACCGAUAGCUCAGUGUCAAGCCGUAUUCACGAGAGGUUCAGUCCUCCCAGGACUUAUAUGAACAUCGACAUGACUCCUCCAUCGUCACCACUUUAUUCUAUGUCAAUGCCCCCAGAACUAAUCGAACCUCAACUCAAUUAUGCGGAAAUCGAUCUUUCUCAUUCGUCUAAUACCAGGGCUUCUAAAAAAUCUCGUAAAGCUUCUCAGAAAUCGUUAAAAUCUAAUACUAUUGAAUAUGCACUGAUUGACAUGGAAGCUACAGUAGCUAUACAGAGGGCAGGACGUGAACACAUGCAAUCUCGGGAAGACAGUCUGCGUAGAUCAGAUAAAAAAUUGUCACUGAGUAACAAGGAACAUAAGCCAUCUCUGAGUGAGUUCGGACAUUCAGAUAUUGGUUCUAUAGAUAAUAAGGACAACUUGGAUAGGGGCCAAAAGGAGUCUUCGGACAGGAGUGCAAGGGAAUCGCCUGAGAGGAGUGUGAGGGCAUCACCGGAGAGGAGGGACACACUCUCUUCCCCAGAGGGUCCUCCAUGUAGGUCGUCUCCCCUCCCAGAGGACACACCCCUUCCAGAGAGGAGGUCUAGCUUCACAUCUUCUUCAUCCUCCGAUGAGGAGGAAUGAGAUGGAAAGUGAUGAUUUAAAAUAAAAACAAUGGAGGAAGAGCAGUUAUUCACUAAUCUACACUGUAGAAUUACACCAGGAUGUGUUUGGUGCCAAAUCUGUAACGUUGUGAACCGGUUAUUUUUUUUUAGUUUUUGUGACAUGAAGCCUCACAGAAUGAAGGCAUAUAUUAAAUUGGGAUUGAUUUCCUUAAUGUGUAGUAUGUAUAGUAUAUUAGAUAUUUUAUUAAAGUAUAUGAAUAUGUAUUUAUUCAAAUGCUGAGUGCUAAGAGAUACAAUUUUAAACACGAUAUAUAGAUUGUAAUAUAUUCAAAAAGCAAACUCAAAAUCAUUUUGUCUUGUACGUAGUUAAAAUACAAAUAUAUGAGAAAUGUAUCAAAAUUGCAGGGUCACAAAUAUUGUUCUGUCUCUUCAAAAGUAUGCUUUGCUGUGCCAAGUUCUAUUUCCUACAUGUAGAUAUAUAAAUAUACUAUAUCCAGACUUUUCACAUCAGAAUUUUGAGAUAAAUAAUUUCAAAAUUAGAUUAUUUAAAAAAGGUGAUUAAGGAUUUUGUCCCCUUUGUUUAUAUUUUGAUUCUAGAUAAUUAAAGGAAAGAAUUGAGAGUGUAGCCUAUUAGUCCUGCAACCUCAUCCUUUGCUGCAGUGGUUUGAUUCUGCAAUGGUUGGAAUGCUUAGACUAAUUUGAACAGGAAAGGAAACAUUUCCCCCAAAACACAAUUGAAAAGUGCGGCUGGAGUAAUGGGACUCGCCUUUUAUAAGCCAGAAAUUAGCUUUAAUAAAGCUUAUUUCAUUAUCAAGGAUAAUUACAGAUAUAUGUGAAAUACAAGCACUCAGAAAAAAUAAAUGAAAUUCACUUGAAUUAAUUUAUCUCCUCCAAAUUCAACCCAAAGUUACAUGUAGGAAUAUACCAUACUUUAUAUCAUAGUGCUUGGAUCCAAUUCGAGGAUUGCGGCAUGUCUAUUAUAACUCUGUUGUGAUGUUUGUUUAUAAUGUUGUCGAUCAAUAAUUGCAAGUCUUCCUCCUUUACAUACAUAUUUGAAUUGGAAACAAUCUCAAAAAGUCAAAAUUUAAAAGUACAUUAUUUGUUAUUUUUGUACCAGUUAAAUAAGAGUGUUUAGAUCUAAAGAACAGCUUGGUCAAGGAAAGAAAGUACCUGUUACAGUUUUCAGCUUAUAUAUAUCUUGUACUGUUGUGUUUAAAACUUCUAUUACCUGGUUUUUGCUGUAGAUUUAAUUUGAUCUGCUUGUGGAUUUUUUAAUGCAUUGUUAACUCAAUUCCAACCUUUGAAUUGAAAGAGUUCAAAUUUGUCUUCAGAGGUGAACGAGUCAAAUUCCUAGAGAAAAUUAUCAUUCUGGGCUAUAGAACUAAAAUGAUUGGAUAAUUAAUGUAGACAGCAUUUGAUUUUUCACAAAUAUUUAAUAUGUUGUGAUCACCUACAAAAAUGUUAAUGCUGCAAAAUUGAACAACUAUACAGUAACCAGUGUAUCCAUUAUAAACAUUGUUGGCAGUUUGAUUGAAGUUCACUGGUGAUGGAGAUUAAUGUUUAGAUGUAUUAUAGACAAGCAACAUAGGGCGAAAUUCCAAUUAUCUUCUCAUUGUAACUAGAAGUAAGCACUGGUUGUUUUUGCUGAAGUUCAUAUUGUUGUUGUAAACAGGGCAAUAAUUCUUAAAAAUAACUGUCAAGAUUAAUGCCAGUAACAUUUUAUCUACAUCCUGUGACAAAAUGUCUACAAGCUGAUCAGUUUUUAUUUUCAUAUUUGUGUAACAUGUAAUUUGUGGGAGCAUUUUGGUAGCUAUUACAUCUGUAUAUGUCAUGAUAUGUCUGCACUUGUAAUGAUAUCCUUUCUACACCUCCUUUUAAGAGGAAAAGACUUAAUUGGAGAUCAAGAAUAAAACUCAGUCAUGGUUAAAGUCGACAUUGUGACCUUAAACAAAACAACCUAGAGUUAUAUUCAACUGACUUAGGGCAAGUUUAUUCUGAAUUUGGAACAUUAAAUAGGUAUCCCAUUGGCAUUCCUCAAAAAUGGUGUUAAUUUACCUGAUAUGUUUUUAGGACAUGUUGCAUACAGGAAUGUAAGUUUGCAUUCAAAUGUGAAGAUGUUAUCAAAAUAUUUACUCUACUAGAGUUAUAUAUAAGAUACACAAGAACAAACAUGAAUUGCAGUAGCACUUUCUACAAGUUUUGUUGUACUAGCUUCUGAUCAAAAUAAUUCAAGAACUGUCUAUUGAAAUAGUAGGAUUUCAUAAACACGGUUUAGUGAAGAACCUUACUUGUCAUGAAAAUUCCAAACUCAAACCUUUGUACUUGUAAUGGUAAAGUUCAACUGACUGCUAGGCUAAAGGUUCCAAAACUUUUAUUGGGAAUAUCAGAAGAAGGCAAAGGAUCAGGACUUCUACAGCUGGUGUGUAUUGAUCAUGUUACAGGACUUCUACAGCUAGUGUGUAUUGAUCAUGUUACAGGAAUGAGGAAUGCUUGAUACAAUGCAUUUGGAUCUAGUUAAACUGUCAAAAUGAAAUCAACAUCUUAGAUAGUAAUGUGUUAUGUUGUUGGUGUCAAGGUAUGGAGUUCAAUUCAUAAAAAACCUGGAAAUGUUUUAUACAUCAGUGACAAACAUUUUAUACAAGCUGCAAACAAUGUUGAUGGACAGAUGCAUUUCUGUCAGUUGUAUGAUGUUUCGAAAAAAUUGCAAUUUUUUUUUUUUUUCAAAAUGACCAAAGUUUAAAUUUUUGGUAUAUGUGUGAUAAGAAAUAUUUUUCUGUGACCAAAAAAUUGUAUAAUGAACAAGUUUUUUAAAUGAUUUUAUAUUGACUUUUAUGAAAUUUCUUACUUUUUAUAUUUUAUCAAUUUACCUGUAGGUUAUUGUAUUUACAUUUGUGGGUGUCUAUUUACGUUACUAUGUAUGCUAUAACUGUUAUUGGCUCGAAGCAUUAUUGAAAUUAGCAGCAAAUUGUCCAAAAAAGUUAAUGCAGGUCUUUACCCAAUAUUUUCUUUUAGUUUUAUAGAAGUACCAAAACUUUUCUUCUGGGUGCAUUUACCUUUUUGAAUAUGUGUACACCGUACAAUGUACAUGUAGCACUGUACCAUAAAUAUUCUGUUUAGAUUUCAUAGAGUGCAAGUUAAAAAGCACUGGGAGAACUCAAUCUUGGUAUAUCUAAUAAUACCAAAACUUGAAACAUUACCAGACAUUAUUGAUAUUGGAUGUGCCAAGAAUGAGGAAUCAUUUUCAUAUUGUGUACAAUACAGAGUAUACAGUAGAUGGUGUGCCUGCCUGGUCACAUAUUUCUCCUAAAUCUGAUGAAAUACACCAGACAGCUUCUAUAGAAUCAAGGUCUUUACCAUCCAUAGUUGUUGAUGUCGUGAUCAUCUUGUGUAAAAAACUUAUGGUGUCCAUUUUUUAUCAGCAUUCUUUUUAUUGGCAGAUCUCCCAGCAGGCUACAGCAAGCAGCCAGUCAACCCAUGUGUAUAAAACCACAUGGCAAUGAUUUAUAUAAUAUCGAUAUACUUAUACUGAAACUUGAUGCAUGUGAUUCAUGAUGAUAUACACAUACUUUGCAUGUCUGUGAAAAUCAAUGUGCUUUAUUUAAUACUAUGUGCUGUCUCUUUAUUGAUUUCUCUGCAAAAUACAUUUAAAUGAUGUUAUUUAUGUUUCAAUACUGUUAUGAAUGUAUGAACUGUAUGCAAAAACUCACAAUUAAGUGGAAAGAAACAAAAACUUAGGAAUCUUUGUUUGGGAUAAAUGAAAUAUCCAGCCAUACUGUUUAUACAAGUCUCAUUGUUACUAGAUACACAGUCCAUAAUCAGUCGCGAUACAUCUAGUACUUUCUGCAUCGUUACGCAACCAUUAAGUACAAUUUACCAGGAGGAUUAAAUUCCAGCCACAAAUAGCGACAGAAAUAGCCAUAACAAUUAAUGCAACUACAUCCCAAAGGAAUGUUUAAUCAAUAAACUGGUCCAUAUUAAUGGUACAUACAUGUACACCGCCCUCUAAGAACUGGUGCGUAUGUAUGUAUCAAGAGUAACUAUGUGAUGUCAAUCAAGUAUAGCAACAAAAUAACAAAUAUGGCUGAAUGUUUACUUUUUCCCCUACAAAUGUUCUUAACUUUUCUGUGAAGCUUAAAAGCUGUAGCUAGAACGAGGUAUCUAAGGUAGCUAUAGUGAGAUAUCACAGGUAAGCAAGGUGGAAAUAGUAUAACCAUAGCAAGAUCUCAGUCACAGUCGGAUAGAGAUUGUAAUUCUAGGUAGACCUCAUUUAGGGCGAGGUUGGAAAGGUUGCACAUUUCUUUGUUUCUUAGGUUUAAUUGAGUGUAAAGGUUUUGCAUCCAAUCUUGUUCAAGAUAUCCUCAGUGUUCUUCUUCAUGAAGAAGGGGAUAGUUAGGUCACUUUACUGUUGUAAAGUUCAUGAUGUAUUCAAGUCUAUUUUCGAGAGAGGAAGGUUGACUUUAAACGUAUGGGAACAAAACAGCACAAUAUCGACAAAAAAUCUGUUAAAUUAUUGAAGUUUUUAACUGUUCCAUCACUAGACCUUUACAAAGUUGUUCAAUACUCAAAAUUUUAAAUCUUCCAGUUGAAAUGUAAAAAUUAAAAACUAAAUAAAAAAGACAACUGUUGAUCUAUUGUGUAAUAGGGGUGUCACCUCGACACAUGGAUAUAUAUAAUGCACCUGUAAUGACCAUAUCAAGACUUCUAUACACAUAGAUUACAUGAUAGUAUAGAAUAUUUGGUCACUAGUAUAGGCCUCUAUAAAUGUGUGCUACCUGUGCUUGUAACAGUUCCAAGGCAAUCUUACCAGUCCAAAUUGAAGUCAACAGAAGAAUAAUAGAUCAACUUAUGUUGUUCUUAACAAUUGUACCGAGAUUAAAUGCAUCUUCCCAUUUGUCAACCUUCCUUUCAUUUCGCAAAGAAUGCCAAGUUAAAAAUUUGUCUUCCUCAUUCCUCUGGACUAUCUUGUCAUUUAUUUAAACAUACUCAUGCAAAAUCAGGAAAAAACAAAUACAAUGUUUCUAUGUAUGAUUUUUUCCUGAAUUUUAAGAGAUUGUUACAAGUUUUAGCUGUCGUGAAUACAAAAAGUACACACCAAUUUAUAAAUCUAUGUAUGUUUGAAAUGUAUGUAUAAUAAAUGGUGCUUUUUAAAUUUUAUUAAAAUUUGAUCAAUCUUUAGUGGAUAGAUUCUGCUUGCUCUUUUUCGCUGCCAAAAUUCUUUGUAGAAUUAACAUAUAUAUAUUAUGUAGUGUUUUCAUUGCAAUUUCAUCUCUGGUCUAACAUAAUAUGAAUAAACCUAUUUUAAAACAAUCA